GCUGGUCAACUGUUGGGGCGGUUCCGCUCGGCCCCCGGCCCCGACCCUGGCCCCGGCCCCGCGCUGAGAGGGCCAGCUUCCCAGGCCCGGCCAUCGAGAUGGGAGCCGCACCCCGGGGGCUGAGCUGGUCGGCACAUCGCUGCACCCCUCACCCCUGAAGCCAGAGACGAGCCCUUCUUUACCCGGUUUUGGGGGUCGCCUCCAGCUGCCCGGUCCUCAACUCGAGUAGCCGCUCCAGUCCCGACAAAGGAUGAGAAAAAUGAUAUUGGCGUCUAUGCUGGGGAGCGGCGCCCGGGGCGCGCCUCCACUCCGGCCCCUCCUGGGGUCCCCACUCGCGCUCCGGACCCGCUCCACCUCCGCCACCGACACACACUACGUGGAGAUGGCCCGCGAACGCUCCAAGACGGUCACCUCCUUUUACAACCAGUCGGCCAUCGACGUGGCAGCAGAGAAGCCCUCGGUUAGACUUACGCCCACCAUGAUGCUCUAUUCCGGCCGCUCACAGGAUGGUAGCCACCUUCUGAAAAGUGCCCGGUAUCUGCAGCAGGAGCUCCCGGUGAGGAUCGCUCACCGCAUCAAGGGCUUCCGCAGCCUGCCUUUCAUCAUCGGCUGCAACCCCACCGUCCUGCACGUGCACGAGCUGUACAUCCGUGCCUUCCAGAAGCUGACAGACUUCCCUCCGAUCAAGGACCAGACUGAAGAGGCCCGGUACUGCCAGCUGGUGCGACAGUUGCUGGAUGACCACAAGGAUGUGGUGACCCUCCUAGCCGAGGGUCUUCGGGAGAGCCGAAAGCAUAUCGAGGACGAGAAGCUUGUCCGCUUUUUCUUGGACAAGACCUUGACGUCGCGGCUUGGGAUCCGCAUGUUGGCUACGCAUCACUUGGCACUGCACGAGGACAAGCCCGACUUUGUUGGCAUCAUCUGCACUCGCCUUUCACCAAAGAAGAUUAUUGAAAAGUGGGUAGACUUUGCCAGACGCCUGUGUGAACACAAAUAUGGCAAUGCCCCCCGUGUCCGCAUCAACGGGCACGUGGCUGCCCGUUUCCCCUUCAUCCCCAUGCCACUGGACUACAUCCUGCCCGAGCUGCUCAAGAAUGCCAUGAGGGCUACAAUGGAGAGUCACCUAGACACCCCCUACAAUGUCCCCGAUGUGGUCAUCACCAUUGCCAACAACGAUAUCGAUCUUGUCAUCAGGAUCUCAGACCGGGGCGGGGGCAUCGCUCACAAGGACCUGGAGCGGGUCAUGGACUACCACUUCACCACGGCCGAAGCCAGCACCCAAGACCCCCGGAUCAGCCCCCUUUUUGGCCACCUGGACAUGCUCAGUGGUGGCCAGUCAGGACCUAUGCACGGCUUUGGCUUCGGGCUGCCCACGUCUCGGGCCUACGCGGAGUACCUCGGCGGUUCCCUGAGCCUGCAGUCCCUGCAGGGCAUCGGCACGGACGUCUACCUGCGACUGCGCCACAUCGAUGGCCGUGAAGAGAGCUUCCGUAUCUGAGCCGGGGCCGGGGCUGCCCGCCCGCCCGGCCGGGGCCAACACUCCGUUGUCGCCAGGGCCUUCCAGCUCAGGCAGAGUCCCAACCUGCUCCACUCGCUGCUGCAUCUUGGGCCACACAGGUCCUCAGACAGGACUUACGGGGAGCUGGGCACCCCCACCCUCAGUCGGGCCCUCUGCUUCCCUGCCUUCAGGGCUCAGAACGGGGGGACAGGGACCCCUGAUGCCUCCAGCACCAGCUCCACCAUUCCCGUCUGGGGGCUACCCCUCCACCUGCUGUUUGUUAUUAAAGGUCACCUUUGAAUGCC